UGUGUUCCCUGCAGCUGGGCAGUAACCCUCAAGCUCCAUUCAUUCUGUAUGUGGCUAUGGGUGGUUAUCGUGCAGCUGUGUAUCAGACGUGCCUGUGAAAUGCCUGCUGUCUGUGCCCCGAGUUGUUCACAGUGUAAGAUACCGGCGCCUGGCACCCCUUGCACUGUGCGGUUAGAGGGGGGGUUGAAAAUCCCGACCCGUCUUGGUGUCCCGGAAUUACAGUCCCAGCUGGCGAAACCGGUCCUAACGCGAGAUGCUUCGAUCCGCACGGUGGCGCUGGAGGGCCGGUUUGGGGAGGUCUCGCGUGGUUGUGCGAGGUGUGCCUCAGCUCCACGAUGGCUGCAGAUCCCGGAGGAGCUCGCUUCUGCUUUCCCUUCAUUUCUCUCCGUUUCCCGGUGUCUCUGCGUGUCGUCGCGACAUGGCAGGAGCCGCAGCCUCGGUAACCGGCCUCAGACCCCCCCCGCCGCCGCCGCCAUGCCCAAGAAAGGGCGCCGAAAACGGCUGAAGUUCCGCGCCGAGGGUGUUUGCUCGGAGUCAGUCACCGUGGCAGAUUAUGCCAAUUCUGACCCAGCUGUUGUGAGGUCUGGGAGAGUGAAAAAAGCCGUUGCAAAUGCAAUUGAAAAAGAAGUGAAGUUGCUGUGUGGCUUGGAAGCCUCUCACGGCCCCGUAGAGGAGGUGCUGUCCUCCAUCACGGGGGUCGGAGGACAAGCCCAGGAGAGCAGCGACGAGCUGGACGCAGAGGACUGCACCGGCGAGCUCAGGGCUUCCAGGAAAAAGAAAAGCAAGAGACACAAAGUUUUGUUAGUAGAUGCUGAUGCAGGGGAUGGAGCAGAGUACCCCGUUGAUGUCUGGCUGCUGUUGGCUUCCUAUAUCCGUCCAGAAGACAUCUGUAAAUUUGCUCUCAUCUGUAAGAAUGCGUGGGCUGUUUCCUGCACGGCGGCGUUUUGGUCCAGGCUGUACAAACGGCACUACAUCUCGGAUGCACACUUGCCUGCGCGCCUCCAGCCAGACUCCAUGGGAAAGGUGAGGGGUCUCCGUGCUCGCGUGAUUCGCUCUCUGUACCACUUGUAUGAGCCUUUCUGCUCCCGUGUCUCAAGAAGCCCCUCCAUCCCAGAGUCGACUCCUAUGACUGUCCUCAAUUCUAAGUGUUUGCUCUUUUGGGUCAACAAGAUAGUUGGGAGCAGAGCAGAACCGCUGUGGGAAUUCAAUUUUAAGUUUCUCAAGCAGCCUCCCAAGUUGAAGAACGGCUGUGGAAACGGCCUUCAGUAUCCGAGGCAGUACCAGGAAGUUCACAGCAACCCUGACCACGACUGCUUCCUGCUGCAGGUCACGACGCUGAAUUUCAUCUUCACUCCUGUGGUCAUGGGCAUGACGUUAACGCUGCUCACAGUGAACGUGAGUACAGACAUGAGGCACCAUCGCGCGCGCCUGCUGUUUCAAGACUCCCCGAUGGUGAAGGGCAGGAAGCCCCGGAACGAGCAGGGGGUGCAGAUCGUCCUCGACCCUGUGCACAGCGUGCGUCUCGUGCACUGGUGGCAUCCGCAGUACCCCGCUUCCAACCGGACUUAACAUCUCCGAACCACAUGGUGCAAGGGCACGUAGCUGGAUGCUGUGUUUUGGUGGCUGGUGUGUGCUUGGGCACACUCUCUGUAGGGUGUUAGAUUUGCCCUAAUUUGUAUAAGACAUACCGUUGGUAGUAAAAUUCUGCCUCUACAAAUUCAGUACUGUGUAGUGUUUAAUCUCUCUCUCUCUCUCUAGUAACGAGAGCAUUAAUGCAGAAAGAUGGGCCUUGCGUGUUACCUGGUGCAGAAAGUCUUGUAUAAUGUUCUUAUAUAUAUGGGAGCUGUUUCAUAUUAUCCAGCAGAAUUGUAAAUGGUUUAGUUCAAGCUUAUCCCAUCAAUGUACUGUAAGAAGAUACAUUAGAAAAAUGUGUGCAAGUAGAUACAAACUCAGGUGUUUCACAUGUGAUUUUAAUAAUCUCUCUCCAGGAGUUAAAUGGGGAUUUGGGUUGAGAUUUAUUUAUAUUCUGUUAGUUUUCAUUUUCAAAACAUUUUGCCUGUGACGUAAGCACAGAGAGCGUUGGAAAGACCCACCUGCAGCCAAGCUUAGUCUUCAGAAUUGAAACAUGAGUUUUGAUUCACAGGUACUGAACUCUGUAUGGAAGAGGCUGUUUUCAAACUUCAUUGAUAGUGUCAUACUAAAGCAGAGACACUAGGUGGUGCUAUUUCACCACUGCCCCUUAUCCGCGUCUGUGCUGGUGUAAAGCAAGGCGCUUGUCCCUGUUGUGGCUGUGGAAGAUGCUACUGUAUACGCAUUUCCAUUCCGCCAGGAACAGCUAACACUGGUCGUUAUCUUCAAAUGAACAUUACAGGCACCGGUACAUUCUGCUUCACUGUGGAUUUAGCGUAGAAUCUAGACAGGUGCGUUGCGCGCCCCCUGCUGGUAGCAGACACGUUUGCAUGUCAAUCUGGGUUUUCUUCACCUGUUUCCCUCACAGGUUACAUUCGGGAUAGAUUAUAGAAAUAAAACUUGUAUAUGCAGAA